AUUCGGACUUCAUACUACUUUAUCGCGCUUACCGGAAGUAUACAACACGUUGGGUUGCCUGUAAGUUAUAGUGUAGCUGUACAUGUACUAAAGCUACCUUUUCAGGUAUGAGGCCAGAUGAACAUAAGAGGAAGAGGAGCGCUCAAUAUAAAAAGAAGCAUGGCAUGAGUAAAGAUGAGAAACCGAAAGAUUCGCACCAACCGAAAUCAAGGAGCACGAGCGGAAAGGGCAAAGUGAAAGUAGACCAGAAAGCACAGGGAAAACAUUUUGGCAGUCACAUCAGCGGUGCUGCAAAAUUGUUACAUUCUUCGUCUAGUAGUGAUACCAGUGACAAUGAUCAGGCCUCGGCGACAAUCAGUAAGACAUUCCAGCGCAGAGAAGUUGUCAGUAAUUGGGCACGAUAUGAAAUACUUCCCCCGGAUGCAGAGACAGCGCAGAAAAAGGGAGAGGACUUUCUCAACCUUUUAAACACAGCUGGGGGAACUAGUUCCCAGUUUCGCUUUAAGGAGGAAGAAGAUUGGGAUGACAGUGAGAGUGUGUCGACAGACACUAAGCUGUUAGCUGUGGACCUGUCCGACCUCACAGCCAGUAUCCAAUGUAUACCUCUAUACCAAAGACUUGGGAUAGAACAGGAUCUGUUUAGUACUGAGCAGAUACAGGAGAUGGAAUCCAUUGCUAGAGAGAAUGCACAGGAAUACCAACCAAGAUCUCGUGCUGUGGACCUUACACAGCAGAACAAACAAAAUGUUCACGCUGUAGACCUUACACAGCAGAACAAACCAAGUUAUUUCACUGCAGACCAGACAUUGCCCCCAGCUCACAACGACACAGUAACAGGAGUAGUAGAUUCAGGAACUGAUAUGUCAGGUGUUAUAAAACAGAGUUCAAACAGGCCAGUAGAUGAUGGACAUUCAGUAAAGACUGUAACAGAUUGUCAGAGAUUCACAGAAGUUGCGUCUAGUCCCAAAGAUCUGUCAUGUAGUACGGGUGUGCCUACCUGUGUCGACAGUACGCCUGUUUUUAGAACACCUGUAAUUAACACACAUGUAAACACAAGUGAGGAGAUAGGUGGUGUGACCAGUAGUAACCUAGAUGAUGAUUUAGACUUUCUUCUGUCACUCGACAAUCCUUCAGAUGUCAGUGAUCUAGGGGAGACAACUCACCAAAAUAGUGUCCAAGAAAAAGUGACAACUCCUCCACAACAGACACAAAGUUCUGCCUCAAACACAGGAUUACAAAAAGAAACCAAAAACUUAGAAGACUGGUUAGACAGUGUCCUAGACUGAACAGAAGAUGUCAUCAGGUCUGCACUGACAAGUCUACCCUGAAAAGUCUGUACUGACAACUGACAAGUCUACCCUGACAACUCUGCACUCACAAGUCUACCCUGGCAACUCUGCACUCACAAGUCUAUCCUGACAAGUCAACACUGACAAGUCUAUCCUGACAAGUCAACACUGAAAAGUCUACCCUGACAAGUCUACACUGACAAACUGACAAGUCUACACUGACAAGUCCACCCUG